UAAUUUGACGUAAUGAAAAUCUUUAAAUGUAUUUCUGUUGUCGUUUUUUCUUUGUGAAAUCUAUAAAAUUUGGUAAUACCAAUCUUUUUAAAAGCUUAUUAUGAUUUUUGCAAAAUUUUUGUAAAGUUUAUUUGCCCUUGUACUACUAUAAGAUUUACUAUUAAAAACAUUUAACAAUGGAUACUAAAGAAAUUAUUGACCACUUGGUUGCUUUGAAAGUAAUGCGGCUUACUAAACCAGCUUUGAUUAGCCCAAAGAUUGUCACUUGUGACUUUAAAGAUUUACCGGGUAACAUUUUAAAUAACUUUUUAAAGGAUGAUGCCACAUCCGUGGUUCAGAUGGAAACUCUAACUGCUGGACAGUUCCUUUUAUUGCCACAAAGUUUUGGCAAUAUUUACCUGGGUGAGACAUUUUCUUGUUAUGUUUGUGUACAUAAUGAAACAAGUCAACCAGUACAAAGUGUAUCUAUUAAGGCUGACCUCCAGACAAGUUCACAAAGAAUUCCAUUAACGACACAACAAAAUCAGUCACCGAUAAUGUUAGACGUCGAUGAAACUCUCAGUGAUGUAAUACAUCAUGAAGUUAAAGAUUUGGGAACCCAUAUUUUAGUAUGUGAAGUCACUUAUAUGUCCAAUUAUAAUACAUUAUCUUCAUUCAGAAAGUUUUUCAAAUUUGAAGUUAUGAAACCUUUGGAUGUUAAGACUAAGUUUUAUAAUGCUGAGUCUGAUGAUGUAUUUGUUGAAGCACAGGUGCAAAACAUUACCUCGGGCCCAAUAAUACUUGAACAAGUGUCAUUGGAAAGUUCUCAACAGUUUAUAGUUAAAUCAUUAAAUGAGGAUAAUAAUGGUUUGUCAGUAUUUGGAGAUGUCACAUUGUUACAGCCCCAAGAGAGCUGCCAGUAUUUAUAUUGUCUUACUCCAAAAGAAAAUAUAACAAAAGAUAUAAAAUUAAUUGCGGCGGCUAAGAAUAUUGGAAAACUUGAUAUUGUAUGGAGAUCUAACUUAGGUGAAAAGGGGAGAUUGCAAACAAGCCAACUUCAACGUAUGACUCCUGAUUAUGGAGAUAUCCGAGUAACAUAUGAAAAUUUACCAAGUAAAAUACCAGUUGAUGAGCCUUUUAACUUUAAAUGCAAAAUAGUAAAUGCCAGUGAUAGAACUCUAGAUUUAAUAAUCAAACUUCGAUCACUUCAAGAUUCUAGUCUACUAUGGUGUGGUAUUUCAAAUAGGAAAUUAGGCCCAUUGGAGCCUGGAAAUGUAGCUUUUGUAAAUUUAACUGCAAUGCCUAUAACUUCAGGCUUACAUAAUAUAACAGGUGUGUCAUUAGUUGACUUAUUCCUUAAGAGGACAUAUGAUUAUGAUGAUUUAGCCUCUGUAUAUGUUUACUGAUUGUAGAAU